AGCAUGACUGUGAGAAUUUCUAACGCAAGUUACUGGUUGACUUGUUUUUGGGUUUGUCAAAGAAUAUAGCCAGGCUUUUCUUUGACAGCAGUUCAGUUCCAGCACACUCAAUCACCUCCCAUAAAGGAAAAUGGACAGCAUAUUUAGGGAACUGACCCGUGGGAAAGCGCUGAUGUUCAUUUUGAUUUUGGGCAUCGGGGGAAGCUUUCAAACUGGCUUCCAUAAUACUGCAAUGAGUUCUCCCUCGCCGUACAUCAAGAAUUUUAUCAACAGCAGUUGGUAUGAGAGAUAUGAAGAGUACCCACCUUCAGCAACAGUCAACCUCAUCUUCGGCGUCAUUAUCUCUACAUAUGCAGUGGGUGGGUUGUUUGGCGCGGCCAGCGUCAAGUUCGCCACUGGAAAGUUUGGAAGGAAAAAGAUUCUGAUUGGGACCUGCCUCUUCUCAGUCGUUGGAGGAGUAAUCAUGCUGACUAGUAAAAAUGCAAACUCCUUUGAAAUGAUCGUGGCUGCACGGUCGAUGAAUGGUUUUGGAGCAGGCCUGGGUGGAAGCGUUCAGCAGAUUUACCUGAUGGAGUCCUCCCCCAAACAGCUUAGAAGCACAUUGAUGCUCAGCAAUGUAUUUUUCCUCUCUCUGGGAAAACUCUCCGGACAAGUCCUCGGACUAAGUGUGCUGUUGGGUCGUGAACACCUGUGGAACAUCCUGCUCUUUGCUCCCGCGUGUCUCGUCGUCGUCCAGCUGCUCGCCCUGCCUUUCUUCCCCGAGGCGCCCCGAUACCUGCUGAUGGAUGGAGGGGACAUCGUCGCCUGCCGGAAAGCACUGCAGAGACUAUGGGGCCCUGGCGAGUACCAAGUGGAGAUAGACGAGAUGUUGGCGGAAAGAGCGGCCUCUAAAGGGGUCCAAGUUAAAAGCCUGCUGGAGUUUCUUCAAGACAGUGGCAUCAGAAGUCAAAUCAUCGCCAUUGCGAUCCUCUCAGCCUGCAUCCAGUUGUCAGGGAUGUCUGCAAUCAGUACCUUCUCAUUUGACAUUUUAAAUAAGGCAGCAGUCCCGGUUGACCAAAUCCGUUACAUCACGCUGGGUUUUGGAGUAUCAGAAGUUCUUGCCACCAUCACCUCUACCCUGAUUGUAGAGCGCAGCGGACGUAAGCCCCUCCUGCUGGGAGGUUUCAGUAUCAUGUUCACUAUGCUGCUGUUGAUAACCAUCAUGCUCAACCUUAAGAAUCCUGCCCCAUGGGUUGCAUACUGCACCGCUGCUUUGUUCAUGAUCUUCAUCAUGUGUGUCAGUGGAGGACCUAGUGGAGUUAACAUGGCCCUCAUCAACGACAGCUUUGAACAGUCGCAUCAUCCUGCUGCCAUGACCCUCAAUGGCUUACAGAAAUGGGGCCAGUUCGCUGUCCUAGGCCUUGUCUUCCCCUUCAUCAAUGAAGGCCUGGGCUCUUACUGCUUCUUGCUGUUUGCCUGCUUCUGCCUGCUGGGGGCGCUGUACAGCUUCUUCCUGGUGCCCGAGACCAAGGGCAAGUCCCCAAAGGAGGUCUCCCAGCAGUUCAAAAGACUCGCUGUGGGUGGGAAGUUCUUUGGACGGAAUCAAUUCAUGGAGACCAGGUUGUGAACUGGGCCGAUUGUUUGGAAGCAAUUUUAUGACAUUUUGAUUGUACAUUUGUAUUUACUAGACUGUUGAUCGGAUAUAAGAAUUUGACAGUCCACUUUUGUUUGAUUAAAAGAAAAGCAAAAUGUG